AUGGUUUUGUCUUUACAACUGGCUCAUAGAUUAGAGGAUAAAAAUGUAUUGCUAAUUGGUGCAGGUGAAGUUGCCUUAACUAGAUUGUUUAAGUUAGUACCGACAGGAUGUAAAGUUACAUUAAUUGCUCCUGAGAUCAAUGCUGGUAUUGUCGAUAAGUUUUGUCCCUAUAUUCGGGAUCUAGAUAUCGAUUAUGAUGUUGAAGAAGAGAUUAUUGAUCCAGAAUGGGAUUUAUUUAAAGGGAAACAUGCGUUUAAAGUUAUAAAGAGUGAAUUUAAAGAAUCUCAUUUAUCAAUGUAUAAGAUUGACCAAGACAGUGGUAUUGCAUUUAUCAUGACAUGCAUUCCAAACCCAGAAUUAAGUGAAUUUAUAUACCACAAAUCAAAAGAAUUAUUUGGAUCUCAACAAAUGGUAAAUGUUGCAGACAACCCACCGUUAUGUGACUUCUACUUUGGUGCAAAUUUGAACCUAGGCUCAUCAAUAGAAUCAAAUUCAACAUUACAAUUAUUAAUUUCAUCAAACGGAUCAUCUCCAAGAUUCACAGCAUUAAUCAAAAAUGAGAUUGAAAAACUGUUGAAAGACAUAGACAUCGAAUCAAGUGUCAAAAAAUUAGGACAACUCAGAACUGCAAUAAGAAACAAAUCAAACACUCAACAAGAUCUAAAGUAUAGAAUGGAAUGGAUCAAAAACAUGACAGACAUAUUCGGAACCCAACAUUGUCACCAAAUCAAUAUAAAUCGUGUCGUAGACCUGUAUGACACCAUGUAUAAAAACAAUAAAUCAUUGGAGUUCCCUUCAAAUAAAGAAAUGAUAGAACUUUACACUUCACCAUCAUCAUAA